CGCAGAGGGAGAUCAGUUACCGAGUCAUCACUUUCCAGCACCAAACAUCAAAACGAAUUUGCUUCUUAAAAAAAAAACUAGAUUUUACGUCUGUUUGAUCAUUUGCCAAAAACCCAGAAAUUCUCCAUUAGUGGGAAUCAAACUUCAUUGAUUGUGCUACGUUUUGACAUCGAAUUCAAUAACAAAAUCACAUACAACAAAUAAAAAAGAAGAAGAAGGUUUAAUCCCCAAUCAGCAACCAUAUGGCGUUCAUCGAUAUAUUUGCGGAAGAAGAUAAACACGGAGACCAACAAGAGGAGACUGUUUGGCUCUUCUCCGAAGAAGGGAAAGAAGAGCCAAACAUGGUGGAAGAGAGCGGAGAUGAACCCGAGGGUGAUAAGUUGACUGUUAAAAUCCCUGAAACUGCUCAUCAAAUAAGCACUGAUUCAUGGUUCCAGGCAAGUUUCGUCUUGACCACUGGUAUCAACAGUGUAUUCGUCUUGGGAUAUUCCGGUACCAUCAUGGUCCCUCUCGGCUGGGUCGGAGGUGUAGUCGGUUUGCUUCUAGCCACCGCGAUAUCGCUGCAUGCGAACAUUCUUGUUGCCAAGCUCCACGAAUUCGAGGGAAAGCGGCAUAUCCGAUACCGAGAACUUGCGGCUCAAAUCUACGGCAGGGACGCUUAUUACGUUACAUGGGCGUUGCAAUAUGUCAAUCUGUUCAUGAUCAACCUCGGAUAUCUCAUUUUGGGUGGUUCCGCUUUAAAGGCUUGUUAUGUUCUUUUCAACGAAGAGCAUACGAUGAAGCUUCCGCACUUUAUUGCCAUCGAAGGACUCGUGUGUAUCCUGUUUGCUGUUUUGACGCCGCAUCUGUCAUCGCUAAGAAUAUGGUUAGGAUGUUCGACUGUUCUCAGCUUGAUAUAUAUCGUCGUGGCGUGUGUGCUGGCAACUAAUGACGGAUUGAAUGCGCCGCCCCGAGAUUAUACCGUACACUGGGAAUCGACCACCGACAGAAUUUUUACAACCAUCGGGGCAUCUGCGAACCUUGUUUUUGCAUUCAAUACCGGAAUGCUUCCUGAAAUACAGGCAACAGUGAGGCAACCUGCAGUGAGGAAUAUGAUGAAAGCUUUGUACUUUCAGUUCUCUGUCGGAGUUGUGCCGAUGUAUGCCGUUACUUUUAUCGGCUACUGGGCUUACGGGUCUUCAACACCUACAUAUUUACUUAACAGUACCAGCGGCCCUGUUUGGGUGAAGGCUGCUGCAAACCUGUCCGGCUUCCUGCAAUCGGUUAUUGCUUUGCAUAUAUUCGCAAGUCCGGCUUACGAGUAUUUGGACACAAAGUUCGGAGUUCACGGGAGUUCAUUGAAACUGAAAAACAUAGCCUUCAGAACUGCAGCGAGAGGCAGCUACCUUCUUGUGAGUACGCUGGUGUCGGCUCUCCUGCCUUUCCUCGGUGAUUUCGAGACCCUCACCGGAGCAUUGAGCACGUUCCCCCUUACGUUCAUCCUCGCGAACCACAUGUACCUUGUGGCGAAGACGAAGCAGAACAAAUUGAGUUCCCCGCGACGUUUCUGGCAUUGGGUCAAUGUCGGUUUCUUCGGUCUCAUGUCUCUUGCAGCAACGAUCGCCGGUAUAAGGCUCAUUGCCGUGGAUUCCAAGGCGUAUCAUAUAUUCGCCGAUGUUUGAGUAGUCGUCGGUUAAGAAUAGAUGAAGAUGAUGCGGUUGCAGACGUCAGAAUUCGAACUCUUCGAGACUUCGAAGAUUCCUCUCGAAUCAUUAUUUUCAUUCCGAGAGUUGUGUUCUUUUAACUUGCAACCACUGAUUCAACUAGGUGUCGAAUAAGAGUUGAUAUAGUAUUAGUUGGCAUAGUAUCGUUGAGAGUAGCUUUAAUACUAUGAAGAGUGUUUAUAAAUAAUGGUAAAACUUUUUUUUAAUAAUUUAUUUAAGCGGUAUCGGAGUGUUAUUAAACUCGAUCGUUCAAUUAUGUUUUAAACUCGUCAUUUUUCUUUAAAAAAUUAACGGCCGUCUGAAUUUGAUGUUGACAUGUUAAGUGAGGUAUGGUAGUUUUGAGAUUAUGAAAUCAGAUUUUAUCAUGUCUCAUAUUUACGACAAAACAACUGUUUAUAGUCGAGGGACUCACCAAAGCAACUCUUUAUAGUCGGGAGAUCAUUUUAUAACAUUUAGUAAUUAAGGGACUCAAUAAAAUAUUAUCCUACAGUCGAGA